AUGUCAGUCAUUUCAGAGAUUCAGUCACAUCUGCAAAGAACGCUGCCCUCGAUCCAUGAUAUCCCACAUUUCAGGGACGUUAGGGGCCCAACAGAUCGGGCGGAUAUGGAUAGAGUUCUAAGAGAGCUUGUUUUUAGAUACCUGUAUUUUGCGAUUACUAAAAAAGGUGAAUACCUGGAAGUUUUAUUCCCAGAUGGUGGAAAAGGUGAUGAACCUGAUGAAUUCCCACAUAGUUUUGAAGACGCUUUAAACGAGAUGGAUGCAUCUGUAUUUAGGGACGAUUCAUUUUACAAAAUUGUUGAACCUAAGUUCUAUCAACAUUGCGGUAGGUAUUGUGGUAGGAAGUUUAAAGUGGGUGAACCUAUUUACAGAUGCCAUGAGUGUGGAUUUGAUGAAACCUGCGUUCUUUGUAUUCAUUGUUUCAACUCUAAGGAUCAUGAAAACCAUCACGUUUACAUGGACAUUUGCUCAGAAUUUUCUAACGGUAUCUGUGAUUGUGGUGAUACUGAAGCAUUUGUGAAUCCAUUGCAUUGUAAAGCUGAAGAAGAGGAUAGUGAGCCGCAUGAAGAUGAUAGUCCUGAAAGCGAUGUUUUCUUAACAGGAGAGAUGGGACAAUUGUUCGAAGUUGUAUUAGCAGAGGUUUUUGAUCAUUUCAUAGACGUUUUCAAUCAAAAUAUUGAACCUCUCCCCACUUUACAAAAGGAUAUCACUUUAAAAUUAAGAGAAAUGAUCCAACAGGGUAGACUGACGGAAAGGGCUCAAUUUCUGAACGAGUUAGCCUAUAGUAAUGACUACUUGAAGGCAACUAUGCCAAAUAGAGAUGAAUCACUUGGGACAGUGGAAGAUCUGAAAAAUUAUACCGCCAUUAUUUACAACGAUGAAUAUCAUAACUAUUCACAAGCGACUACUGCUUUAAGACAAGGUGUUCCUGAUAACAAACAUACAGAUUUACUCACUUCAAGGAUAGAUAGUGAAGGUAGAGCCAUGUUAAAAUGCUCUACCGAUUUGUCAGCAGUCAUUGGCGGAUUUUUUGCAGUGCAAACCAAUGGCUUAAGUGCAACUCUAACCUCCUGGCCAGAAUACAUUCAUCAGGAAACUUGCAAAUACCUGAUACUGUGGUUGAACCAUUGUUUAAGCAUACCAAACUCCAAAUUCCAGAAUGGAUUUAGAAGAGCUAUGGGAGAAGUUUUAUGUGCUCCUUAUGAUCGUGCAUCCCAAGCAGUUGAUAAAACCCCAGUCGUUCGCAAAUAUUUUGCCAAUAAGUUCAACGAGGCAGAUCCCUAUAAAUAUGCGGAUCUUUCAAUUUUAGCUGAAGGUAAUCAAAUACCUUUAGGUCAUCAUAAGUCAUUACCUGAUUCAAGUACCGAUUCCAUUUCACCAACUUUGAAUGUGGUAGUAAGCCCAACUUCCAGAUAUUACCAGAACUCCAGAUUACAGCAUAUCCUUUAUUUUGAUAACAGAUAUUGGAAAAAAUUGAGGAAAGAUGUACAAAACGCUAUUAUCCCUACAUUGGCGUUCAACAUCCAUUACAAGCAACUAUUCUGCCACCAAGUAGUGGAAAUUUUCAAUCACAUCAACAGAUCGGUAGCAUUUAUGGAUCGUGAACCCCAGUUGACUUCUAUUAGAGAAUGUAUCGUUCAACUUUUCACAAGUCCUUCAAAUGCUAUGAUGGUUUUUGAAAAUGGAACCUUUGACGAUAUUAUGUGGUCUGUGAUUGAUAUAUUUACUGAAUUUUCGAAAUUAGAAGGUGGAUCUCUAAUAUGGCAAAGGGUUCAGAAGAGUAAUCCAACGAAGAGUUAUGGAGUCGUUUUUAGACAAGGACUUUAUGCUGUGGAGACUCUUUUGAGCAAAGUGACGGACUGUAACAUUAUUCUCAGACCUAAAGAAUUCAUCUCGGCGGUGACUUUGUUCAAAUUAUUUAACGGAGCAUGGAAAAUAAAGAGGAAAGAAGGUGAGCAUGUUCUACAUGAAGAUCAGCACUUUAUUCCUUAUUUGGAAUAUACUACUUCAAUUUACAGCAUUAUUCAAACGAUGGAGAAAGUGUUGGAACAUUCCCGAGACAAUAUUGAUGAGUCCUUACUUUUGAAUGCCAUUAGAUUAUUGACUACCUUUUUAGGCCACAAGACUCUGACUUACAAGCUGGUCUACGAUUCUCAUGAAAUCAUAAAGUUUGAAGUGAGCAAACAACGAGUGGCCUUUAUGAACCCAGUCCACACUUUAUAUUCAUUUUUGAUAGAAAAGAUUGGUUUAGACAAGGCACUCAAUGCUACACAGGAUUGUACUGAUUUCUUGAAAGUUUCCGAUUUUUCUUUGAGGUCGGUGGUACUAUGUUCCCAGAUUGAUGUUGGAUUUUGGGUUAGAAAUGGUAUGUCUGUUUUGCACCAAUCUUCUUACUACAAGAAUAACGCUGAAUUGAGUUCUUACUCUAGAGAUAUCCAUCUCAACCAGUUGUCGUUUUUAAGAGAGGAUGAUGAUCUGCCCAGAGUCAUAUACAAUAUGCUUGAUAGAUGGGAAUUACUCGAUUGGUUCUCUGGUGCGGCGGAUUACGAUCACACGGUCUACGAUGAUAAAGUUGCCGCCAUAACCCAGCAAUUCAUUGCUUUUGUGUAUCAAGUGCUUACUGAAAGGCAAUUUUUCAAGAAAUAUUCAUCUGCUAAGGAGAAAAGGAUGGAUAACAUCAAAAAUGCUCUCAUUUACAACUUGUGCAUCAAGCCUUUGUCUUAUUCUAGACUUCUAAGAUCUGUACCAGACUAUUUGACUGAGGACUCAUCUGAGUUAGAGAGUGCAUUGGAGGAAGUUUCAGAUUUUGUGGAACCAAAGGGUUUGGCCGAUAGUGGUGUUCUCAAGUUAAAAGAUCAUCUAUAUUCUAAGAUUGAUCCUUUGAAACUUCUAAACAUGGAGAAUGAGUUUGAGACCACCGCAAAAAUUAUAAAGACUCACUUGGCUAAAGAUAAAAUCAGUGCUACCAAAAUCGUUCUUCAUCCUCAGAUCCUACCACCGAGCCAGCUGGAUGAAAAGGCAGCUGAACUGGGUAAGUUCACUAGGUGCGAUGUUUUUGCAAAAUUGAUUUACAAACUGCUUCAAGUCUGUAUUGAUAAGCAAGAAGGUACGUUUUUGUACGAGCUUUUGCAUCUAAUCCAUGGUAUUUUUAAAGAUGAUGAACUCUGUAAUGGUAAGGAUUCUCUUCCACAGGCUUAUCUCUCAAAACCAAUUUGUAAUCUGCUUCUAAGCAUUGCAAACUCUAAGGCGGAUGUGUUCUCUGAAUAUGUCAUGCGCAAAGCAGACUUCUUAUUAGAACAUAUGAUUUUGAAGAGACCAGCUGAAGUGUUUGACUCUUUAAUCACUAGCUUUGGCAGGCAAUAUGUGGAUGAUUACAAGACCAGGAAGAUGAAUCAAGGUGUCAACAUAGAGGAAGAUGAAAAGGCUAGAAAGAAGAGGCUGAUCAAAAAGCGUCAAGAAAAGCUUAUGGCCAAAUUUAACACUCAACAGAGUAAAUUCAUGAAAGAAAAUGAAUAUCAGUUCUCAAGUCAAGCUGGAAAUGGUCUGGAUGAAGAAACAGAUGAGAACAAGAUUUCAGAGAGCGAAGAAUUCACAUGUUCUCUCUGUCAAGACAAUACUUCUCCCGACUUGUUUGUGAUUCCAGCAUAUCAUGAUCAAACGCCUAUUUUCAGAACGGGGAACAUUUUGAACGUCAAAGAAUUUGCUGUUCCUUGGCAAGGUUUUUACAAUGAUGACCAGAAACUCGCAUAUGAUGAUGAUAAUACCGCUCAGGAGAGUUUGGGUGUCAAUGGGUCUCUAGGUUCCAGAAAGGUUGUUGUGUCUUGUAAUCACAGCAUUCAUCAUGGUUGUUUCAAGAGAUACGUUCAAAAGAAAAGGUUUUCAACUAACUCUUUCAUUUGCCCAUUGUGUCAGACAUUUUCAAACUGUGUUUUACCAAUUCGCCAUGUAUCUAAGGUGAACACCGGUCUAUCUACUGAAGGAUUAUUAAGUGAAGAAGUAUCGGUUGAUGUUUUGGCAAGGCUUUUGGAAACCUUUAGUGCUUCGGAUUUCAAGAACGUUUAUUCCACAUUUAAUUUGGUAGCACUUCACUCGCAUUCUUAUGACAAGAACGCUCGUAACAUGCCUGGGUUUCAAAAUUCCGACACAGCUUAUAUUCUCUCAGUUCAUUGGGCUAACACUAUUUCCAUGUUGGAAAUUGCUGCCAGGUUAGAUGAACCUUCUAGGGGUAAUCUUUUGAAGAAUAGGGAACAAAAGUACAAAACUUUGAAGAACAUUCUGAUCUGUAUUGUAUUGAUGUGUUACAGUUUGGGUAAACCAAAUCCAGAGUUUAGACCUUAUGAGAAUAAGGAUGGUGUUGUAUGGAAUCAAAACCAGUUGUUCCAGUACAUUGUUAACAAGUGUCUGUUUUCUGCAGAACCAUUGCGUGAAACUGUUACGCAUGCAUUGGUCAACUUUUCCAAGCAAUUGGUUACGGAAUUUAUCAAGGGAAUUGACCUUUCCAACGUUGAGCACAUGCAUGAAAAAGCUGUGGAGCUUGAUGGUCUUCACCAAAUUGGCAACGAUGACUUGUUAGACACCUUGAAGGGGGUGUGUGCUCUUGGUGUAAGUGAUACUGAAUUAUCCAAGAAAGUAUACGAUUUGGCUUAUACAUCCCUUUUGAAAAAUCUUUAUCCAACUCUGAGAAGAUGUUUGGUAAUGCUUAAAUGUUUCCAUGAACUGCUGAGAACAUCUCAUGACGAGCCACUCUGUGUUAAUGGUAUUAACUUUGAAGAUGAUGAAAUUUCGCAAUCGUUACCUCACUUUGUGGACAAAGCUAUGAGUGCGCUAACAGAGUUUGAUUCGUUGAACCCGCUCCUGGCUCAAGGCAUUCCCAACAUGAAACCAGUGGAGGAUUCAUAUCUGGUAGACAUUCCAUAUGAGCACUGUGGUAUUAUCAAGUUAAUUGAUUUGGCCAAAUAUCUAAACACCUAUGUGACGAAUUCUAAGCAGAUCAAAUUGCGUGAAGAGCAUUCACUUCGUAUGAAAAAUGUCAAGAAUCGUCUAGAUUAUAAGAUCUGCUUGACUUGUGGUGUUAAAGUUCAUCUAAGGCCGGAUCGUCAUGAAAUGUCGAAGCAUUUACUCAAGUACUGCUUCAAACCGUUCGGUGCAUUUUUGGUUCCUAACACUAGCGAAGUAUGUUUGUUUCUAUCACAACCUACUUCGACAGUCUUUAUCUCUGCACCUUAUUUGAAUUCACACGGUGAAGCUGGUAGAAAUGCAAUGAGAAGGGGUGAUCUAACAAUCUUAAAUCUAAAGCGCUACGAAUACUUGAAUCUGUUAUGGGUUAACAAUGAGAUUCCUGGUUACAUCAGCAGAGUCAUGGGUGAUGAAUUUAGAGUCAACAUUUUGUCUAAUGGCUUCUUUUUUGCCUUCAACAGAGACCCUCGUCCCAGAAGGGCACCAGCUGCUGGUAACGGUAGUGAUGAUGAUGAAGAGGAAGAUGAGGCAGAUGAAGCAGAAUUUUACAGUGGACAUUCUAGCGAGGAAGAUGAGAGAGAUAUUGAAAUGGGUGAGGAUCGUAUUGGAGGUUUGUUUGGAGGUCCCGAGGGUGGUAACGUUCGUGGGUUCCUUCAAGUGUUUGAAAAUCUACAAAACGUCGUCGGUAAUGGAAUCAAUGGAGACGAUGCUCAGUUUGCCGCACCGAUAUUACAGUUUUUCCCACCUCAAUUUGGUGCUCUCAACGCACAACGUAAUUUAGGUGCGGAUGCAGAUGAAGAUGACGAGGUGCUUGAUGAUGUAGCAGAUGUAGAAGGUGAUGAACCCACUCAAAGUGAAUGA